UAAACAUGAAAAGUGGUACUAUGAAUGUGGUAUUUGUGGCAAUUUCCCUUUAAAAAAAGUAAAAUAUAUAUUUAUAUGGACCAACUAAUUUUUCUAAAGUUUCUAAGAAUCAUCAUCGUGAUGACACGUGGCUACGAAAACAUGUUGUAAUGAAUGCUCCAAGAUUAAUAUAUAGGAGAUUAUUAAAACAAAAGUAUCUUUUGUUACUGUUUGGAAACGUGGAUAGCAAUAUAAAUAAAAAUUGUUUGAAAACAUUGAUAGCAGUAUAAAAACUAAGUAUAAUCUAUUUUUAGUAAUUUCAUUAAUAUAAUUACAUUAAUUGUCUUUCCAUAUUUCACUCGGUUCAAUAAUUUCAUUAAUUAUAUUACCUUAACAAUAUAUCAUAUCAUUAAUUAUAUUACCAUAAUAAUAGUGCAGAUUUUUAUUUAUUAGUUAAUCAACAUUAAAUUUGUGCCAAUUAAAAAAUAAAAAUGUAAAAUUACUGGAUUUUCCAUAUGGUUAAACGUUCGGCUUAAUUUGUUUUACUAAAGCUUUUUUAGUUUUAGUUUCAAUUUGUGAAAAAUUACGUAGCCAAAAAUAUAAUUCAAAGGCAUGUUUUUGUGAAUAAAAUAAUAAUUUAAAUCAAAAUAAUAAAAAUGUAUUACAUUUAUUGUCACUUAAUUUUUCACUCAUAUAAUUAUUUUACUAAAAUAAAAAACUCUUUAUAUUUCACUUAGUUUAACCAAACACAUAGAAAUAGUCAUUUUUAUUAUUUUAUCAAAUUAGUUAGGCAUGAUUAUUGCCUAUCUAUUUAGGUACGUGUUUUUUCUUUUAGGAUAUCAUUUUUUGUUUAGAAAUUAGGCUCCACUUGAAUAUUAUAAACCUAAAAUUAUCUAAAUAACAAAUGUAUCUGAAUGUGGUUCGGAUAUUUGUAUCAAAAAUAAAUGUAUUAUCUUAUUUGGUCCAGGUGUUUUGAAUACAAUUAAUUAUAUUAGAAUUCAUAUAAAAUAUAUAAUACUAAUUAUGAAAAACAAAUAUCAAUGUUUAAAAGUAUACGAACCAAUACGUGCGCGAAUACGCGGAUCAAUCUCUAGUCUAUAUUAUUAAAGUAGAAGUAUAAAAAUAACUAUCCUUAGUUUUUCAAGUUAUUUACAAUCAUAUGCCUUUGAAGUAAUAAAUUUACCUAUCUUUUUCUUGGCUUUUACAGUUUAAUUAAUGCAUUUUCUUAAAAUGAAGUACAUCAAAUUAUGUACUACUUAUUUAAGAAAUAUUUUUUAUAAUCUAACUAAACAAUAAAUUAUACUUAAACAUUGCCAAAAAUGUAACAAGAUGUUCAUUAUUACGGAUUGGUUAUUCUUUUAUUUUGGUAUAUUAACUAUAUCUAAGAAGAUAUAGAAAAUGUUACAAAAAUACAUAAUAUAAACACACACAAAAUGUAAAUAAUAUAUAUUGAAUUAUUUGAACGUAUGAAUCAAAUAUAACCAUAUAUAAUAAACUAUUUUACCUAAUUUUUUGAUCAAAAAGAAAUACAGUUGGACGAACACACGAGGUAUCUUUUAAAAAUAUAGGUGUACUAGUUAACUGAUCAAAAAGUAAAAUAAAAUUAUUUAUUAUAAAUUAUAAAAUUAUUGUGUUUAAAAAUAUAUUAAAUAAUUAUUUAAUUUAAAAUAUAUAUUGCCAUUUAUAUAAAAUAAAUAUUUUAUAAAAAAGAAGUAGAAACGAAUUUCCUCGGGUGCGCGGAUCAAGCUUCAGUUGUAUCCUUGAUUGUUAAUCAUUAUAAAAACAACAUGAUUCUUCAAUAUCAGUCACUCAUCUAGUCAUCUUUACAAAAAUUUUCACACGAGAGAAAAAAAGAGUUGUACAAAAUGGAAGAAAAUAACAAAAACCUUGUAGACGAAGAAGCUAAAGCUUCUGUAGAGAUAUGGAGAUAUCUCUUUGGGUUUGCAGAUAUCGCAGCUGCGAAGUGUGCAAUUGAUCUUAAAAUACCAGAAGCCCUUGAAAACAAUCCUUCGUCACAGCCGAUGACCCUAACUGAACUCUCUUCCGCCACCUCCGCCUCUCCUUCACAUCUCCACCGUAUAAUGAGGUUUCUUGUGCACCAGGGAGUCUUCAAAAAAGUGCCCACAAAAGAUGGUCUUGCCACAGGCUACACUAACACGCCACUCUCUCGCCGUAUGAUGAUCACUAAAAGUGACGGCAAGUCGCUGGCUCCUUUGCUUCUCCUCGAAACAAGUCCAGAGAUGCUCGCUCCAUGGUUGAAACUGAGCUUAGUUGUGUCUUCGCCGGUCAACGCUUCGGUUCCGCCUUUCGAUGCAGUGCACGGUAAGGAGUUGUGGUCGUUCGCAAAGGACAAUCCUCGCCACAGCGAACUAUUCAAUGAGGCCAUGGCUUGUGAUGCAAGGCGUGUGGUGCCACGUAUAGCCGGAGCUUGUCACGGCUUAUUUGACGGCGUGGCUACGGUGGUGGACGUUGGAGGCGGUACCGGAGAGACGAUGGGGAUUUUGGUUAAGGAGUUUCCUUGGGUCAAAGGAAUUAACUUUGAUCUUCCUCAUGUUGUUGAAGUUGCGCAAGCCAUGGAAAGUGUUGAGAAUGUAGGAGGAGAUAUGUUUGAUUCCAUUCCUGCAUGCGACGCUGUUUUUAUCAAGUGGGUGUUACACGAUUGGGGAGACGAAGAAUGCAUAAAAAUAUUGAAGAACUGUAAAGAAGUGCUCCCACCAAAGAUUGGAAAAGUGUUAAUAGUGGAAUCCAUAGUCGGAGAAAAGAAAAACACAAUGAUAAUGAAAGAUAAAGAUGAUAAAUUAGAAUAUGUGAGAUUGGCGCUUGAUAUGGUGAUGAUGGUGCACACAAGUACAGGCAAAGAAAGGACUUUGAAAGAAUGGGACUUUGUUAUUAAAGAAGCUGGCUUUGCUCGAUAUGAGGUUAGGGAUAUCGAUGAUGUUCAGAGUGUUAUCAUUGCGUAUCGCUCGUAGAAGAUGGAAAUAAAAGGGUCAAGUGCAAGAUGAGGAAAAGCUCAAUAAAAAAAAUAUUUGCACGUAGCAUGUGACAAAUAAAUCUAUACCUAAGUGUGAUAGUGUUGUGUGAACGUUCUUUGUAAGAAUUUUUCAUGGUUUAUUUUACCAGUCAUGUUGUAUUGUGUUUUUCAUAUUUUCACAUGUUUUAUGUAAUGUCCGUCCCCCAAAUCCUACUUUUGUGCCCUAACUUGAACAACAAGAAACACCUGCAUACACUGAAAAGGAAAAGGGGUGAAUAACACACAGUCAUUCAGUGUGGAUAUGUCAGCUCACAUGACUCAUACACUACUAAACAACCUGCAUGCGAAAAUACUAGUCCUAGAACAUGCAUCACCCAA